GACGUAGGAAGGGGCGUGGCUUCACUCGGUCGCCACAUUGGAAUGGAGAUUGUUCUGUCUUGUUAUGGAAAGCUCUGGAACUUUCCACGCUGUUUAAAUUGAACAUAUCUCGGCUGCGUCGCGUAGUUGAAACAGGACGAUUGAGCAAGAGGACAAACACUUUGUACUUCUUGAAAGGACUGGCUGCCGGGUGGUCAGAAUGGGGAAAGACUACUACGACAUUUUAGGCACUAAGAAAGGCGCCUCCGAGGACGAAAUCAAGAAAGCUUAUCGCAAGCAGGCGCUCCGAUAUCACCCCGAUAAGAACAAGUCGCCAGACGCUGAGGAGAAAUUUAAGGAAAUCGCCGAAGCUUACGAUGUGCUGAGCGACCCAAAGAAAAAGGACAUUUACGAUCGCUUUGGUGAAGAAGGUCUUAAGGGUGGUGGUCCGUCAGGUGGGGGUGGUGGUCCAGGCAACUUCAGCUACUCCUUCCAAGGUGACCCACAUGUGAUCUUCUCAGACUUUUUCGGUGGAAGAAAUCCUUUUGAGCAGUUCUUUGGCGGGCGCAAUGGCAUGGAUGAGAAUAUGGACGCUGAUGACGCUUUUGGCCACUUUGGAAUGGGCGGCGGCGGCUUCCCCCGCUCCUUCAGCUCCGGUAUGGGAGGCUUCGGCGGCCACAGCAGCGUCGUGAAGAAGCAUCAAGACCCCGCUGUCGUCCAUGAGCUGCGUGUGAGCUUGGAGGAAGUGCUUUCUGGCUGCACAAAGAAAAUGAAGAUCAAUCGCAAAAGGUUGAACACUGAUGGGCGAACUCUGAGAACAGAGAGUAAGAUCCUGGAGGUGGAGAUAAAGAAGGGAUGGAAGGAAGGCACUAAAAUCACAUUUCCUAAAGAGGGGGAUGAAACUCCAACAAACAUUCCAGCUGAUGUGGUCUUUCUGCUGAAGGACAAACCGCAUCCAGUGUUCAAGCGUGACAACUCGGACGUCGUUUACGUUGCCAAGAUCACACUCCGAGAUGCGUUGUGUGGCUCCACAAUCAACGUACCCACCCUGGAAGGCAAGGUGGUCCCAGUGACGACAACAGAGGUGGUGCAGCCUGGGAUGAAGCGGCGCAUUAGCGGCGAGGGGUUGCCUUAUCCCAAGCGCCCUGACCGCCGAGGGGACCUGAUCGUGGAGUAUGAUGUCAAGUUCCCGGAUAGGCUUAGUCACAGCGCUCGGGACACCUUGGCCCAGGUUCUCCCUCGUUCGUAAACAAGUCAAACUGGACUCAAAAGUACCCUUUAAUUACUCCUUAAGAUGCCAAUUGUAUGUUAUUUCUUUGUCUUGGAGUUGAUGUUGGGUUUUGUUUUCAUACCAGACAUAUGGGAUGCUAAAACCUGGUCACCCAUAUUGUAAAUGCCACAAUGGAAACUAUUACCGUAACAGAUUGUAAAUAUAACCAAUAUGGUUUGGUGUUUAGUUUUAUUAUUGAGAUUAUAUUUUGAUGAUAUAUAUGAAUAUAUAUACUUGUUUAGUGGGCUGAUACAAAGACAUUGUAUUAACAGCAAUAAAAUAUUAAAUACACCAUGAAAACAUGCGAUCUUCGGCUCAAUUGAAUGACCUUUCUAUAGGCAUAAGCAAUUAAAUUAUCUAAAUGAAAAUUAAACAAUGAAUGUCCAGCAACUUUUUGCAUCUUAACGCUAAGUAAACAGACAUGCUGAUUAUCGGUCCUGCUCGACACCGGCACCUAUUUAAUAAUACCACCUUAACAUUUGACAACCAGACAAUUACACAAAGCGAUUCGGUAUAGAUUCUCGGUAUUAUCUUCGACCUAACUGUCAUUUGAGUCACACAUUAAAGGUGUUACUAAAACAGCCUUCUUUCAUCUCUGUAAUAUCGCUAAAAUCCGUCCCAAUUUAUCCACCACCGACGCUGAGAUCAUUAUUCAUGCGUUCGUUAUGUCUCGUCUAUAUUGCUGCAACACAUUAUUUUCGGGUCUCCCUAUGUCUAGCAUUAAAAUAUUACAGUAGGUACAAAAUGUGGCUGCUAGACUUUUGACAAGAACACGAAAGUUUGAUCAUAUUACGCCUAUACUGGCUCACCUGCACUGGCUUCCUGUGCACUUAAGAUGGGAUUUUAAGGUUUUGCUACUUACGUAUAAAUUGUAUUCAUUGUAUUGUUCCAGAAAUCUGCGUUCAAAAAACUCUGGCUAAUUAGUGAUUCCCAGAGUCCAAAAAAAGUCUGCGGGUCCUUUUUCACCACGUCGGACAGAUGCAGGGUCCGCAUCACUGCAGACGCCGCACCGACCGAUCCACCUGUCGAUCUCAUCCUCACUCGUGAACAAGACCCCGAAGUACUUGAACUCCCUCACUUGGGGCAGGAUCUCCUCCCCAACCCGGAGAUGGUGCUCCACCCUUUUCUGGACGAGAACCAUGGUCUUGGACUUGAAAGUCCUGAUUGUCAUCCCAGUUGCUUCAUACUCAGCUGCGAACCGAUCCAGUAAGAGAUGAAGAUCCUGACCAUGCAAGCAGGACCACAUCAUCCGCAAAAAAGCAAAGACCUAAUCCUGCAAUACAUACAUAUACAGUAUAUAUACCGUAAUUUCCGGACUAUAAGCCGCUACUUUUUCCCCUCGUUCUGGUCCCUGCGGCUUAUACAAGGGUGCGGCUUAUUUACGGCCUGUUCUUCUCCGACACCGACGAAGAGGAUUUCGGUGGUUUUAGUACGCAGGAGGAAGACGAUGACACAAUGAUUAAAGACUGACUUUUCAUAUACCGGUAGGCUGCUUAUUUUGAUAACGUACAGGCGAGCACUUUGUAUUACUUUGCACCGUUGUAUUAUUUGUACUCUGCACGAAUGCUGUUCGCCAUGUCAAAGAUGUGAAAGUUUGAUUGAAUGAUUGAAAGA